CACACGUCAGGCAGCAGUCGUCGAGGUUGGUACUCACGGCAGGAGUCAGAUACUCCGUGAGACGAACUUAAAGGAUUUCCCAUUACACGGAAGAGAUCAGGAUGUCCGGCGGUGGACUUGUGGUCUUCGGUCUGGUGGUCAAAGCACUUCUCGAAGUCUGGAGUGUGCAAGAGGCGGGUGUGGCGUCGCAGGUGGCGUGCGCGGCUCGUUGCAGUCAACACGAUGCCUGUGGAGGAUUCCAGUGGAACACUGAUGCAUGCCGUCUGGUGGUGGACGCUUCGGUGCCUGGCGCCGUGAAGGGCAUGUUGACAAACGUGUUCAGACUCAACUCGUACAAGACGAACUACAUCCUGUACGAAUUCCCUCUGCCGCCAGGUGGCAUCAGUCCCACGGUCGCGUUUGAAACCUGUCGGAACAACAGCAUGGAUUUGGUACCAAACCCCGUUACCCCAAAAGACAGGGCUAGUUUGUCCAUCCGCCUAUCGGGUGGCUUCUACAUAGACAUGAUACGCGCCAGCAACGGCUCGUACGUGACAUGGAGCUCCGGAGUCCUGGUGCCGGACACUGACAUCUACGGCUGGCUGCCUGGAGAACCUGAGGGCGGCGACCAGCAAUGCAUGGCAAUUGGCGGCUAUCUUUCCUUGUACCUCGACUGUCUCUGCAGUUAUAAGGAUACCAAUGCAGGGGUCAUUUGCGUCUACAGUGCAUUGCAUUAAAACACGCAUUUUGUUUGAGUGAUUCUAGCAAAGUUGUCUUCAUGUAAGGUUUGCUAGAAUUUAUGACAUCACAAUGAUUGACUGGAUUAAAUUCAAAAGUGAUCUUUGUGUAUAAUUUUUACAGAGACUUUUCAAACGACAGUAGAGCGUUUGUUCGUAGUCGAACGAUUGAUCGUUGUUGCACGAUUUAGCAAUUGUGUUUUGCAAUGAAUGCGCUUGCAGAUUUGUGUGUGGACUGUAUAUUUAUUCAAUUUUUAGAUCCUAUUCCUAACUACGCAGCUAUAGGAUCCUUUCCAGAUAUUUCUCAGUGAUUACUGUUGAUUACUAAGUUUGGUACUUUUUCCUAUCCGAGAAGAUACUAGACAAGAAGUUUGUACUGAUUAGCUAAAAAAUCGAUACAAUUUUCAAUUUCAGGUGUAAAACUGGAAUAUCUUGACGAGACGUCACGGACAAAAUAGGAACAUUACCUAAACUUUCACGGAAUGAACAUCAUUUUGAACGAGGCAUAAAGACACAUAACGAGACAUAUUAUUUAAUUUUGAUGUUGAAUUUAGUUACUGGAUUUUGCCAGACAUUUUGUCAUUUCGUCAGUUUUCAAUAUUUCAAGUAUUUCACUAAUCACUAUUUAGAAAGGAGAAAGCCCGUCCACAUUCUUUGAAGAGGCCAACACAUAAGGGCCGAAGAGCAGUCCGGGGCUCCCGAAGGCUGAUCGCCCAAGUAAGAGCCAGCAGGACCAUUACUUCGAUUAUACUUAUUCCAGAUAUUAUACAUAUUAUGUUAUUCUAUAUACUAUAUAACUUAUUAUUCUAUUUGUAUAGACAUCCGUUAGAAGUGUUAUGGCACAAGACAUUUCGGAAGACAUAAUUGAUAGAUUGUAAGUACUAAUUUCAUCAAAUGACACAAGUAUAUCCAUAACGAACGACGCUUCAGCUCAGAGUAUCGGCUACGGCAAAAUGCUUGAUAAGUUAUUUAGUGUCCAGCAAGCAGUUGCUAGGCGCUUGCUGGUUGUGCAGCCACUUAAUCUGGCUAGCGUCGUGAAGACGUGCAAUGGUAAUGACAUGUGACGACAUGACUUGUGAAGACCGGUAAAUGGUCACGUGAUCAGCUAACGGCCAACUGAUUGGCUAAGAAUGAAGACGGAGACGGCGAAGAAUCGAAUAUAUAGAGAGAAUUUUAACCUUGUGUUUAAUGGUAUAAUGCUCUACAAUAUCUGACGAAUCUUUUCUACGCAUCGCGUUAUGCUUUGAUAUCGAAUCCAUUAAAGACUGUUUUACAUAAAUUAUUAAUUUUCUAAAUAAUACUAAUUAGUGAUUAUUGAUUUGAAAUAAUUUCGUUUUCAAUGUUACACUUAUGCCAAUCACGAUUUUUAAUUAGCUACCUUGAAAUAUCAAUCACGUCUCAUCUUCUUGUAAUGUACUUUUUCGAUUGAAAUCUCAACUCGUCGUCUGCAUAACGGAUCUCUCGUUACCAGGUUUUAGAUAUGUGAUGAUUUCAUAAACGGG